AUGGACGGCCGCGCGAGCCACGGCACUCGUUCAUCAGCUGCGACUUCCCAGCGCAACCACAACCACAACCAUAAGCAGCGGGCCAAUGUCUCCAUCCGUCGUGUGAAUCACGGCCCAACCUUGUCCGCCGCCGGGGAGAGCUUCACAACCAUGCGUGGGAGCGGAGAUGGAGACGAGCAUGGAGGUGGAGGAGGAGCAAAGAGCAGACGAGGCUCCCUCCGCAAUGCCGUCAGAAAGAUCUUUGGAAGGUCAUCGAAGGAGAAUAAUGGAGUUCCGAACAGCCCACGGAUAUCCACGCCCGUGGUUCCUCCGAUCACCAGACAUUCACACCACAGGAGCGAGCCAGCUGCCUCUUUCCCAAGUCAGCCCCUCGUACCAGACAUCCCCCUGCCAUUUCUGCGGGAUGAGAUUAUUACCCCCCAGACAGUCACUACCAGCCAUAUCAGAGCCAAGACCAGCUCYCCCUAUGCCGUGUCGUUCCCCAAGAGCGUAAUGUUGAAGCCAAUGGACCUGGGCAAUCCCUUCGUCCCUCACACUCAGAUGAAGCGACGGAAGACCAUGCCCAAUAGCGGUGCUGCGUUGCGUGAUGCAGCAGAUGCAGCCGCCGCUGCCGCCGCCGUGCCCGUACCUGUGCCAGUGCCAACCGCCCAACCGGACAGUGUCCCGGAAACCCGUCAGGAGCGGCAGACCAGGCGUGCGUUGAGUCAGAUUAAAAACGCCAGGAGAAAGUCACGAAGUACAGAUGAUCUUGUUGGCUGCGGAGUUGAGGUAUCCUCUCCCAGGCAAUUGAACAACGAGAUGCGACAGUGGCGUGAGAGCUUCCAGCCAGAUGUCUUCCGUGCCAGUGGCUUCACCACCAGAGCUGCUAGUCAGCAUGAUGAUGCGACUCCAAGGCAGGAAGUCACCGAAGGUGAUGAACAUGGCAACACACCAAUCGCAUCCGCCACGGAUACGYUUGAGUCAGCUAGAGGCUCGCUCAGCUCACGAAGUAGCCCCAAACCCGUUCCGGAUCUUCCUGACGACAAGGAGCCUCUCCGCCCGGCAUCUCCAUUGGAACUGUCUCAAGAUCUAGAGCAACGCGUGAUGCGACUCGAGGCCGGAUUGAACAGCUUCCAGCGAUCACUGGAGCGUCUAACCGCUGAUAGGAAUCGGCGCACCAUCGUUUUGCGGUCAGACAUGGCAACCACGAGGUCCUCCAAUGACAUGCGCACUCCAAGCAUGCUGGCAGAUACCCUUGUUGGCUCCCUCUGGCCCUCGACAUAUGAAUACGAGUACGGCAGAACUUUGCGACCUUCAACAUCACUCUCCCCACCUCCUCUCAUCCACUCCCGCCAGCAAUUCGUGACGGAUCAUGACCCCGACGAGCCCCUGACACCGAGAUCUGACAGCUACACCGACUCGGUGCGCUUCCCGACCCCUCCCCAUUCCCGGUCUCCUGCUGGUCAUGCGUUCCAACCGGUACCGGCAUCCAUGCCCCCUUCGAUCGCUGAUAGUUCUCAUCAACAAAAUACCUUCCACUCCGUCUACCAAAUGCUCUCCGAGGAGCGAAGCGCACGACAGAAGUUGGAGCGACAUCUCCAUCGCCUCCAGCAGGAGAUCUCGGCUUUACACGCACAAGUGAACGUGUCAUCACAACAUARCAAGCAUGAUCCGAACAGCAACAUGUYUGUUGGAUCUUCGGCGCGCCUGCAGCAGAUGUUGCAAGAGACGGAAGAGGCGCAUGCUCCGAAACAUGCUUCGUUGAAUUUAUCUACCAGUGGAUCGUGGGGAUGA